AUGUCUUCGAAUCUGUCGCUCAAAGGAUCCACAAGGACUGUCACGGAGUUCUUCGAAUAUAGCAUCAAUUCAAUUCUUUUCCAGCGAGCGGUAUAUCCGCCGGAAGAUUUCAUUUCGGUCAAGAAAUAUGAUCUAAAUUUGCUGAAAACCCACGAUGAGGAGCUCAAAAGCUACAUCCGACAGAUUCUGCAACAGGUACAUCGCUGGCUUUUGGGUGGUAAGUGCAGCAAGCUGGUCUUGUGCAUUUUGGACAAAUCAACGUGCGAAAUAGUGGAACGGUGGGAGUUUGAUGUUCAGCAUAUUGCUCAGAAUUCCAACGGUGAGCAGAUCUUAAGUGGAACCAAAUUGGAGGAGACUCAGCGACAGAUUCGUGCUUUAAUGCGGCAGAUUACUGCUAGCGUCACUUUUUUACCAGAGCUGGUGAGUGAGGACGGCGAAGAAGACAACUUUACAUUCAACGUGCUCGCAUAUACAGAUGCCAACGCUAAAGUUCCACUUGAAUGGGCAGACUCUGACUCUAUGGAAGUCACGAACGGGGGCGAGAAGGUGGAGUUUAAAAGCUUCUCUACCACUGAUCACAAAAUCAAAACACAGGUUAGUUAUCGAGUCAAUUCCAAUUCAAUUUCUUAA